AUGGGGGAAACGCUAUCUACAAACUCUUUACCAGACUUCCGAGAUGGACAUAAUUUCUUUACUGUCUUCGCAGUAUACUUCCCUGCAGCCACUGGUAUCAUGGCUGGAGCGAAUAUCAGCGGAAACCUGAGGAAUCCUCAGGUUGCGAUCCCACGUGGAACGCUGGCUGCGAUUGCGGUGUCCGCAGCAAUCUACACGCUCUUCGCUAUGGUAUCUGGUGCCACAUAUGCUCGAGAUGCGGAUGGCACCAGCGAAAUCGAUAUGGGCAAACCGCCAGAUUGCUAUCUGAACUCAUCAUGUCCAUUUGGGCUUCACAACUACUAUCAGGAUGGUGAUGUACAAAAUGAAUGCAUUUCGCCUGGUCCUAAGUAA